UCUAUCAUUGAAAGCAAUAUUAUAUUCCUCUUGGAAUAGCUGUUAUCGUUCAUCCCCUGGAGAAGAAUAUUCUACAGUUAGUGGCCUGAGGACUUGUCAGGGAGAUCCGACAGCAAGCCAAGCCGCGAACUACUUAAUUAGUUACGGAUACUUACUUAGUGCCCCAUCCCCAAAGGGUCAAAUUAAAAUAAAUCACAUCGGUGUCCCCGGACUCCGUCUUCCGCAUGGGAGCAUUUCCUCGUUGUUUGGUUCUUUCUUUUCUUUCGCAGGGAGUUGUUCCAUCUUUUCUUUCGAUCCCAUUGAUUAUUCCUGCAGGGCAGAGCUUCAAUUGCUUUCUUUCCCUUUGGUCGGCCACCCCCUGAGAUCUCCGCUCCACAAUGCCUUCCAAGAAAUCUUCCAGCAGCGCACCAGCGCGCCAGAAUAAGUGCGGAUGCUUCUCGUUCCGCAAGCUGGGCUUCCUCGCUGUGAUCCUGGCCCUGCUGUCCUCAGUCGUCGUUUACCUCGAAGCGCGCCUGGAGUCGUUCUACAUUUUCAGCCCGGACCAUCUGCAUGAUCUGUCGCAGCGCGCGAUUGCGGCGCAUGGCAAUGACACGCGUGCUGUGGCGCACUACAUCGUGGCAGAGCUCAAUGAGAAGGAGACCAGUGCUCAUCUGAACUUGGAUGAGGAAUGGGUUUUCAACAAUGCCGGUGGUGCUAUGGGUGCCAUGUGGAUUAUCCACGCGAGUAUCACUGAGUACCUGAUCAUCUUUGGCACUGCUAUCGGUACCGAAGGCCACACCGGUCGCCAUACCGCCGACGACUACUUCCACAUCCUCCAGGGCACACAGCUCGCCUACGUCCCUGGCGAAUACGAGCCCGAGGUCUACCCGCAGGGCAGCGUUCACCACCUGCCCCGUGGCCAGGUCAAGCAAUAUAAGAUGGACGGAUCGUGCUUCGCUCUCGAGUACGCUCGUGGCUGGAUCCCACCCAUGCUGUUCUUCGGCUACGCCGACACUUUCUCCAGCACCCUGGACUUCCCGACUCUGUGGGCGACGACCCGCAUCACCGGUCGCGAGAUGAUCGGAAACCUGCUGAAGGGAAAGCUCUAAAUAAGCGAUAUGGUGUGAUGACGAGCUGGUAGUCUGAUACGACUACUGCUAAGAUCAUGUAAUUGUACUGUACAUGUGCUGUAUUAUCUCGUUGCAUAUAGAAAGAUUUGUGUGUGUGUUGCCUAUAUGACGAUUACGCGCUGUUCAUGGUCUAGACAGCCCGAAAAAAUAAUCUAAUCCGUUUUCAUGAAGAAAAGAAGUCUUAUUUCAUUGCC